GGAGGAGGGGGGGAUUUUUUUUUCGUUGCGUGGGGGUUGUGACGGCCUCCGUGUUUACUUUGGUUUUAUUAAUCUCUUAAUUAUUAGGAGUACAUUUUUUUUGUUUUUCUACUUCUGCCGGAGGUUAAUGUUCGUGAGGUAGUGGCGUCGUUAGCUUGGAUUGUUUUCCCACCACCACCACCGCCGCCGCCGCCGCCUUACACGCGCGCACAUGGAUAAGUUUGCGAUUCGGAUGGUUGGGCCUGGCGGGCUUUUUCCGAGCAUUGAUCCUGGCGCCCUGGAGAACAUGCUGGCUAUGAAGCCGCCACAGCUGGAGGUGUACGAGCAGCCCAAGUCGCGCGGCAUGCGCUUCCGCUACGAGUGCGAAGGCCGCUGUGCAGGCAGCAUCCUGGGAGAUCGAAGCACGGACAGCAACAAGACAUACCCGGCCGUCAAGCUGGUGAACUGCACUGGGCCGGCCAAGGUGCGCGUGUCGCUCGUGAGCAAGAAUGACCCGCACCGGCCUCACCCGCACAGCCUGGUAGGGAAGGACUGCUCGGAUGGUGUGUGCGAGGUGGACGUCUCCUCGGGGGUCACCAUCGUGCAGUUCCAAAAUCUGGGCAUUCAGUGCGUGAAGAAGAAAGAGGUUGCAGAUGCCCUGAAGCUAAGGAUCCAGAAGAACGUGAACCCUUACAAAGUGCCAGAGGAGCAGGCCCUGGCUACAGAGGAGAUCGACAUGAACGUGGUGCGGCUCUGCUUCGAGGCAUUCAUCCACGAGCGUGGUCGCGUCAUUGCCCUGCCACCCAUCGUCUCCCAGGAGAUCAGAGACAAGAAGGCACCGAACGUUUCGGAGUUGAAAAUCUGCCGUGUCAACUUGAAUGCUGGCAGUGCACGUGGUGGGGAUGAGGUUUUCCUUUUGUGCGACAAAGUUCAGAAAGAAGACAUUGAGGUGCGCUUCUUUGAGCCGGAUGGCAGCUGGGAGUCACGCGGCAGCUUCUCGCAGGCCGAUGUCCACCGGCAGGUUGCCAUCGUGUUCCGCACACCGGCGUACCGCGAUCCGGGCAUCACGCGUCCCGCCAACGUGCGCAUGCAGCUGCGACGGCCGUCGGAUGGAGAAGCCAGCGAGCCGAUCGAGUUCCGCUACAUCCCAGUCGACCCCGAUCCCCACAAGCUGCAGGAGAAGCGCAAGCGAAAGGCCGAUUCGUUUGACAAAUUCCUGGAAAGCACCAACAUCACCGGGCUCGGGACUCCGUCUGGGAAUAUUGCGGAGAGGAAGGUGGCCGUGAGCACGACCAGUUCGCAGAAAUCCAAGGAUCUUCUCCGCCAGAAGAUUCAAGAUAAAACCCAAGAAGCCUCCUUCAUGCGGGGUGCUGGCUUCGUCUCCUCCCCACGCACGCCGCCAGCGUCCGCCGGCUACGACGCACAGCCCUCCCUGAGCGGCGUCACCGUCGCGUCAUCCGUCCAUCCCACUAUGCCUUCGUCGUCGUUGUCGCUGUUGCUGCCCGCGGCAACAUCAAAGGCGCCGUCGCCCGGUCACACGGCACACCACAGCUCUGUAACUGUGAGCGCCAGCCCCAGCGUCGGCUCCGUGCUCGUGCUUGGCGCAGGCGGCGGCCAAUACUCGCAGAGCGCGCUCGCCAGUGACAUGCAGGGCCUCAACGUCACCGAGCUGAACCCUGUUCGGCCGUCGGCGGCAGCGUCGGCAGCGGCGCAAUCGAGGGCUGCCGAGAACCACACUCCCCUGACGUCAUUCGACAUGCCUGCCGCGACAGGGGGCGGCAUCGACAGCCUGACGGCCAUGAGCUUCAGCGAGUUUGAAUUCCUCGGCAACGACAUGUACCCGUUCGUGCCCAAUGAAGACUUGGUGAUAUUCGCCACACCGGCCUCGCCAACGCUGCCCACGCAGCACGUGCCGCUCACCAGCGCCGCCGCCUCCGCCACGACCGCCGCCGCCGCCACAACCGCCACCGGCACACCCGACCCAGACCAGACGACGUCGGUGAGCCAGCUGUCGCAGCAGCAAAUCUCCGACGUGCUCAACAUCAUCCGAGACUCCAUGCGUCAUCAGCACGAUGGCGCCACUGCCCCGGAAACGGCCGCGGCAACCGGUGCCGCCCAGGCGAACUUUGCGACGAAUGCGCCCGACGGGCGGGAAAUGCCGGCUUGGUCCGGCGGUGCAGUGAACGCGCAGUCGCAAUUACAUUCGCAAUCGCCUGCGCCCGAUCAGUCCCUGCAGGCGCCGGGAGCCGCCUACCCGGCAGGGCAAACUGUCUCCGGCCUGGGACUCGGCUACUUGUCGUUUCCCGACGAUAUGCGCAUGGAGAGCCUGGAGCGGCUCGACAGCGCCGAGCUCAACCGGCUGCUUGAGACGGUGACCAUGGACAUGACCAACAACGUGGGCAGCGCUGACGGAUUCUUGUAGGGAAAUGGCGCCGCCCGUGAAUGGUUGUUUAUCGAUGGCGGCAAACGACCUUUAUUUAUAGGAAAACAGCCUGGGGUGUUGGCGGCUGUGGUCAGGUUCGCAAGUUGGAAGAGUCACGAGUUUGAGAAAAUAUGAUUCGGUGUCGACUCGACUGAUUUCUUUUUUUUUACCAGUUUGGCUUGCUCAUUAGGAAUUUGAUGGUGGUCAUCUUGUAGAUUAAAACGCACACCGGGCAUGGGAAUCGACUUUGCACCACUGGGCUCAGAAAACUGGCUCGUGACUGAAACGGAGAUGAGCAACCACAACAUGGCCAGUUUUAUUUAGAAGUAAGAUACAUUGAUUUAUUUGGGAAUUAUCAAUGAAUCUCAGGACUUUAAAAAAGUGUCAUGCCUUCAUAUGUUUGGCCAUUUACUUUUUUAGUGCAUGCUUAAAGGUAAAAAAAUGCACACUUUUAAGAAACUACAAACUCGCUUUGUGGUAUUGCAAUAUCCUGAUCAGCUGACGGUCGUGUGAUGAUUUCUACAUAGUCCCAACAACCCCACCUCUACGAAGUUCUGGGUUACAGAGGUGUGUUUGUGUGUGUGUCAUGCCCGAAGUUUUGCCUCGCUGUUGUACAGUCGCGAAUAUUCAUGGCGUGUUGUUCUGAUGUAUUUUCGGGCUGCCGUAGUAUGCGCUGCGCUACAAUGAUAGUGGCCCUACGUUUUAUUCAUCCACUGGUACCUCUGAUGACCCGCCGCCACUAUCGUGCAGAGUAUCCAUGCCGGAUGAUCAUCGUAGGUUCUCUUGUGGUAGGAUACAGUGUGGGGAUCUUGCAGUUUGUUGAAAGGCAACGUGGGGAAGUUCACUUGAAGUCUCUGGAUAGAGGGAGGCUACUCCUUCCACUGUUCUGGUAUAAAGACUGUUAUACUUACAUGCUGAGCUAUACUGAGCAUAAUUGUCUUUUGCUGCCCUCUGCUGAUGUAUAGGCAAACACAAAGGUCCUCAAAUCCUUUGACUUCUUGUGAGCUUCUUCUUGGUUCUUUCGGUAAAGUCACGUAGAAGGGAAGUAAUAAAAUAAUAAAAAUAAAACUUCCCUUCUACGUGACUUUACCGAAAGAACCAAGAAGAUGAAUCCCUGCAGUCACGAAAGCUUUAAAUCGAAAUUCUUGUGAGCUAUCACACCUGAGGAUAAUGAAUUAUCCCUUCAAAUCGUACAUAUGGGCAAGACUGGAUCGAGUUUUAGACUGAAAAUCUAAAAGUUUAACUUUCAAAAACCCAGUUGGGGGAAGACUUGAGUGCAUUUUUUCACCAGCUCUCCGAUGUUUAUUCAUGUUGUGCCGUGUUGUUGCUCGUCACGAUGUCCGACGUGUCUCUCCAAGUACGAGGAACUUCUUCAGGAACGGAAUUGAAUUGAAGCUCCCACAAGCAUCUGUGGAGCAUAUUGAGUGGUGAAAUUUAAUGAGUGAAGAUCACAGGAACUGUAACCAUGGUAAUAGUGAUAAUAGACUGUUAAGGAGGCCACCUAUUGAGAACUUAUUGAGUGGGCUGAACUGUACCAGCAAGUUCUGGAAUCAAUCAUAAACCCGGACUGCUUUUCUCUUCAACUCUAUCACGUACAAUGAGGGUGGAGCUGGGAAAUCCAGCCCAGAUUUAACAUUUGUUCGACCUCUGAGGGGUGGGUAUUGAGCCUAGUUGACCCCCCCCCCCCCCACCAGAAUUUGUAUUCGCAAAUUAUUUUUGUUGAAUGGGAACUGUAAUCGCAGCCAUGCAGCACUAACCAGCCAGGUUUUUCAAGCACCGUCCCGUAAGUAAAGAAUACUAUGUUUAAAAAAAAUCCCAUUUUGUGAAAUCCUUUGCUUUACUUUGUUUUGACAUUAGUUUUUAGGAAUUCCGCUGCAUGGCUGACUGGUGUUUUUAAGGCACUAAGUUCCGUAUACACAAUGCGAGUGUAAAUACUAUCGCCAUGUGUCUUAAUUGUGGGCUGUGGUGGUUGGCGAUGAUGGUCAGUGGUGUUAAACACUCUUGCAAAAAAAUCUAAAGAAUUCGGAGCAUGCCGAUUAAAUAAGCCAUCAACUUAAAAACACGGCUGUAAGAUUCUAAACAACAGGAAAAGCGCUGAUAAUCGCAUGCACGUGGCGUGUGAAAAUGCUGAACGUGUACACGUUGGCAAACUAAAACACAAAAGAAAUCGACAGACCACGAGUUGCAACGUACAUUUUUAUUCUCGAUGCUGUAUAAGCAUGGGGGGGGGGGGGCAUUUUUAGCGCAUUGAAAAAAAAUUGUUACGGGAAGUGAAACUGGUUUCUCCUCU